AGAUGGCGGACACGGAGGUCGCAGUGAAGAAGAAAAGAAAAGCAAAGAAAGUUGCUGAAGAUGAAGUUGGGGACAUCCAAGAGAGUGGCGAUUUCUUCAUCAAACCAGAAUCAAAAGUGCCCUGCCUGGACACCUCUCAGUGGCCGCUGUUGCUUAAAAAUUUUGAUAAACUUAAUAUCAGGACGGCUCAUUACACUCCCCUACCCAAUGGCUCCAAUCCUCUGAAGAGGAGCAUCCAAGACUAUGUCAGGUCUGGCUUCAUCAACCUGGAUAAACCAGCCAACCCAUCAUCUCAUGAAGUGGUGGCCUGGAUCAGACGGAUUCUCAGAGUGGAAAAGACGGGUCACAGUGGAACCCUCGACCCAAAGGUCACAGGCUGCCUGAUAGUCUGUGUGGACAGAGCAACACGCCUGGUCAAAUCACAGCAGAGUGCUGGCAAAGAGUAUGUGGGAAUUUUACGGCUGCACAAUGCAAUUGAAAAUGAACAUGCUCUUGCUAGGGCUUUAGAAACCCUGACCGGAGCCUUGUUCCAGAGGCCGCCCCUCAUUGCAGCCGUGAAGCGUCAGUUACGAGUACGAACUAUCUAUGAAAGCAAGCUGAUUGAAUAUGACUCGGAGAAGAGGCUGGGUAUUUUCUGGGUCAGCUGUGAGGCAGGGACGUACAUCCGGACGCUGUGUGUCCACCUGGGCCUUCUGCUGGGAGUGGGUGGUCAGAUGCAGGAGCUGAGGAGAGUGCGCUCAGGAGUUCUAGGGGAGAAGGACAACAUGGUGACCAUGCAUGACGUACUGGAUGCCCAGUGGCAGUUUGACCACAACAAAGACGAGUCUUACCUGAGGAGAGUUAUCUUCCCACUUGAGAAGCUGCUGGUCUCCUACAAGAGGCUGGUUAUGAAAGACAGCGCAGUGAAUGCUAUCUGCUAUGGGGCAAAAAUUAUGCUCCCUGGUCUCCUGAGGUAUGAGGACGGAAUUGAAGUUAAUCAGGAUAUUGUUGUCAUAACGACCAAGGGCGAAGCGAUCUGUAUAGCUGUUGCCCUGAUGACCACUGCUGUAAUCUCCACAUGUGACCAUGGUCUGGUAGCCAAAAUUAAGAGGGUCAUCAUGGAGCGAGACACAUAUCCUCGGAAAUGGGGUCUGGGACCCAAGGCCAGCCAAAAGAAAAUGAUGAUUCAGAAAGGUCUUCUGGACAAACAUGGUAAACCCAAUGGCAGCACCCCAGCAGACUGGAAGAAUGAGUACAUUGACUACAGUGUCUCCAAGGUAUCAAAGGAGUCGGCCCAGACUGAGUCAUGUGACACACCUUCAGGAAAGAGGAAGAGGGAGGCAAUUGACAGUGACAAUGAUGGCGCGACCACUGCACCUUCAACUCCAUCUGAGGAGGUCAAGAAGGAAAAGAAGAAGAAAAGAAAAGAGAGAGAAAAACUGGAAGAGACAACACAGGAGGAGGUUGAAGAACCUGAAACAGAGGUGGGGGAAAGUGCCAAGAAGAAGAAGAAGAAGAAAAAGAAGCAGAAAGAAGAAGAUGGUGGCUCAGAAUGAUAGUUCUGCUCAGCCCGUUAAAAAAUGGACAUUAAAAGGACUUGCCCAGAUGCUAUGGUCCACCCAUCGCUCUAAUCAGUCAACAUGAGCAGGGUGUGGUUCUCGGACACCAUGCAGUGACUUUCAACGCAUCCUGGGCCGUAACUGUAAUAAGCAUACCGCUUUUUGGCGGGAAGGGGGAAUGAUGGCGUUUCGUUUGGACAAUUAUUUUUGUUUUUAUAAUGAGUUUUUUUCCUAGCUGUAUAUGGCCAUGUAGCCUACAUUUGUAAUUUGAAAAAUAAACUAUUUGUUUUC